AACUAACCAAUUCAAUACAAAAGGACAGAUUCUAAAAGGAAAAGAUGAAGAACAUUUAAUGUUUUGUCGAAGUGGCUUCAAAAUAGUGAAAGGAGUAAUUGUUUGCUUUGUUGAUCUGAUUUGAAGAGAUGUUUAAAGGGAAAUUGGGUUAUUGAGCUGCCGUUUCAUUGUAAAUAGCAGUGGCUUCUCUUUGUCUUCAGUGACACAUGAUUUGCCCAGGGAAAAAGGGUAACGCCUGAAACCAAAGUAAAAGGGAGGUUUCGAUGCAAUUAUAGGCUUUAAAACCAAAACCCACCCUUCUCUUCUCUCCUUCUUCACGGGUUCGAAUCCCAAAUAUGACUAAACUUCACUAGCAAAUCUUUGUAGUUUCUGUGGGAAAGGGGUUCGUAAUCUGAAGCCCAUCCUGUUCUUCUUCUUCGUGUUCUUCGUGUUCUUCUUCUGGGUGUCUCCAAUGAGGAAGCAUGGAUGGCAGCUUCCUUACCAUCCUCUCCAGGUUGUUGCAGUUUCUGUGUUUCUAGCUCUGGGGUUUGCUUUUUAUGUCUUUUUUGCUCCUUUUGUUGGGAACAAGAUUUUUCAGUAUGUUAUGAUUGGACUAUAUACUCCUCUUAUUACAUGUGUGUUUGGUCUAUAUAUCUGGUGUGCGGUAGCUGACCCGGCAGACACGGGAGUGUUCAAAUCCAAGAAGUAUGUCGAUGUUCCUGAUGAAGGGAAGUGUUCUCAGCAAAAAAGUUCUAAACUCGGUGGCGAAUCCACGCAUGAUCCCAAUGCUGCUGCUUCUGUGGAUAAAGAUGCAAAUUCAAAGGACAGCCCUGCAUCAAAGAAGCUGUCGUGUCUUUCGUUGGUGUGCUUCCCUUGUGCAUAUGUAUGCAAUUGUUCGGGUUCGAACGAGGAACCGUCCGACCAAAACAUGAGUGAAGAUGGCAUGUUUUACUGCAGUUUGUGUGAAGUUGAGGUUUUCAAGUAUAGCAAGCACUGCAGAGUUUGUGAUAAGUGCGUUGAUCGGUUUGAUCACCACUGCAGGUGGCUUAACAACUGUAUUGGCAGAAGGAACUAUCGACAAUUUUUCACCCUCAUGGUUACCUCCCUCCUCUUGCUUAUUGUACAAUGGUCGAGUGGAAUCUUUGUGCUCAUCUGCUGUUUUGUCGAGAAGAAACGGUUCUCUGUGGAAAUCUCCUCCAAGUUGGGUAGCAGUUUUUCUUUGGCACCUUUCAUUAUUGUAGUGGCGGUUUGUACCAUCUUGGCUAUGAUAGCAACAUUGCCACUGGCUCAACUCUUCUUUUUCCACAUCCUUCUCAUAAAGAAGGGAAUUACAACAUAUGAUUAUAUCAUAGCUCUAAGGGAGCAAGAGCAAGAACAACAGGGAGGUGGUGGCCAACAAAGUCCUCAAAUGUCUGUUGUCAGCUCAUUAACUGGACUAAGCAGCGCAAGCUCGUUCUCGACUUUCCACCGAGGUGCAUGGUGUACUCCCCCGCGCUUGUUUCUCGAGGAUCAGUUUGAUGUGAUUCCACCGGAGACGGGGUCUGUUAGUUCGCUAGGAAAGAGGACGGUCAGCGAAGAAGCAACCAAGAAAAAGAACCCUGCUGCUGUGAGGAUCAGUCCAUGGACUCUGGCAAGACUAAAUGGUGAUGAGGUUUCAAAGGCUGCAGCAGAGGCAAGGAAGAAGUCCAAAAUUCUGCAGCCUGUGGUUAGAUCAGCAACACCUUUUGAACGUGAACCAGAUAGCAGUUUUGGCAGUAGUGGUCGCCGAAUCGUUUCACGACUCGAAAAUAAUAGAAGGCGAGGGAAUAAACGUGUGCGACUUCCAUCUGAUCUACCUAUGCAACACUUAACAAAUGUUCCAGGAAAAGCUGUUGAAAAAGGUUUCUCUGGCACAUCAACUAGCCUUGGUCCUCUUCAGCUUGAAGCACGCAGUGCUUUCCAAACAAGCCGAGCAAUGUCGAGCUCGACCAUGGCUGCGUCGUCUCCAGAGAGCAGUUUGGGGUCGCCUGACAUCCAUCCGUUCAGAAUAUCCUCCUCAGGAGCUGAAGAGUCUAAGAGAGUCACUGGUGUAUUAGCAGCUAAUGUAGCUGCUGCUCAAAAGGGACUUCCAUUGUCGAGGUCGACUAGUGAUGGAUAUGAAGCUUCGGGCGGAGAGGACAGCGACCGAGUUCCUUCGAGGAUUGUUCAAAGACCGACAAGCUGGAACAACCUCUUGUAUGGUUCGGAACAGGAAGAGAGGAUUGCCCAACUGCAAGCAUCAUGUUCUAACCAGAUUAACAUGAGACAUACCUGAUUAUGAGCUUACCGAACAUGUUCGUGUCGAUAUCGAUGUGGUGCAAAGUCGAUAAUUCUUUGAUUCUCCAGCCAAGGAAUUCGAGCACCACCAAUCAAACAACCUAUUCUGUAAAGUGAAAAUGUAGUCACAGAAUCAAGGCAUCGCAGAAGACAUAGGAAAACGUAAAACUCGAGCUAGCCGAUGCCGAUCUCGACACUUGAAUUUGUUAGUUUAUUGCUUGCAAUUCCCGGAUUUGCUUUGUUUGAUAUAAACCAAUUCCUUGGAUUGCUUUUGUUGAAGUUGUGUUAGUUCCAACCAUUGGAUUCUUGUUUAUCAUUGGUGACGUAUUUGAUUAACUAUGGACACCUCCAACAGUCUCUU